CUGACUGCAGUCAAAUCUGGCGGUUGCAGAGAAACAACAACAUUUCUUUGUUGUGGGAACUGAGUAAAAGCAAAUGUUCAUUAAGGCAGAUGACAAGCCUGCUAUGUUACUGCAGCGGGCAGGAUAGGACUUCUUUCUAUUCUGUGUGUUUGUGACUGAGAGACUGGUGAAGAGACUGGAAGUGAAAUAAAAAGAGCAGCGCACUGGUCAGUAUGCAUGACGCUGCUGCUUGUGAUGCUGCACCACUGAGUCGCGGCUACAACUGGCCAACAGGAAACCGCCAGCAGGAGCUUUAGUUUGGUGUGCUCUAUGCUGAAACCACUGAGUCUGGCCCCAACUUUCCAACAGCAUCAGAAAGAAACUGACCAGGAAGAGGGAAGUUCUCACAUCCUACUUUUGCUGUAUCAGUCCGAUGCUCAGACAGCAACAAGACAACAUGGAGGCUACAGCUCUCUGCAUCAGACUGUUGACGUUUGUCAUCAUUCUGUCGGGCGCACAUGUUCAGAAGAGCUAUAAUCAAAAAGAUGAUGCAGCUUUUCGUAUUGUUCCAAAUAGACUGCAGGUCUUUGAAUACGAGUCUGUCUCUUUCCACUGUGAGGGUCUUGAUGGCUCCACUCAGCUGAGAGGCGUCAGGAAUUAUAAGGAAUUUAUUACAAAUUGUGAUUUUAAGAGGACGUCGUCAACACUGACCUGUACCAUUCAAGGGGCCUACGACACAGACAGUGGAGAAUACUGGUGUGAGACCGAAAGAGGAGAGAAAAGCAACAUUGUCAACAUCACUGUCACCGCUGGUUCUGUGAUCCUGGAGAGUCCUGCUCUUCCUGCGAUGGAGGGAGACAAUGUGACUCUCCGCUGCAGAAGCAAGAAACAUUUCACCAACCUCCAAGCUGAUUUCUACAAAGAUGGCCUCUUAACUGGCAGCAGUUCUGCAAGGGAGACGACCAUCCAAAAUGUUUCCAAGUCAGAUGAAGGACUCUACAAGUGCAGCAUCCCUGGUGUUGGAGAAUCCCCAGGAAGCUGGCUGGCUGUCAGAAAGAACCAUCCUUUCCACCAUCGCUCCUCCCAUGUCCUCGUCCCGCUGUGGGUUGCUCUCAUUUUAAGUGUGGCUCUGGUGCUGCUGAUGCUGGGAUUCCUUCAUAUUAGAGAACACAGAGACUCACACUCAGGCGAGGGCAAUGAAAUAGAAGAAGACACUGCAGACAUUUCAGACAGCGUGACGUAUACAUCCGUCGCCAUCAAACAGAGAAAGGACAAAGAUAAGGAUGAGUCCUCACUUCAACCUGUUUACUCUACUUUGGCCACUCAUGAAACUCCACAAGAUCUCCAAGAUGAAGAAGACACUGCAGACAAUUCAGACAGUGUGACGUAUACAUCCGUCGCCAUCAAACAGAGAAAGGACAAAGCAGAAUCUCAACCCCUGGAUCUCGCAGCAGCCAAAGACUCAAGUUUAAUAGAGGUGGAAGUUCUCUAUUCCCAUGUCCAGAAGGCCGCAAAGAAAAGAGACACCUGACUGAAGGAAGGGAGGAGAGACUCCAUUUGUGUCAUUGUGUAGCUUUGUGUCAUUGAUUUCAUUUGAGUAUAUUAUGUAUUAAUAGAAUAUUUCACUUUCAUUGAAAAUGUCAAGCUACAAAAAUGUGUUUUCCGAUAUUAUCCUGCAUCUUUCAUGUUUCAAAAUGUUGCAUUUCUGUUCACUCUGUAACAAAUCAAAUGUAAGAAAGUUCAAAUACACACGUAAAUGAAUGAAAAGACCGUGUACACUUGCACUUUGUGAAGCUUUCAACUGAA